AUUUUAUUCAGUAUCUCAUACUUGGAUUCCUCGACGCCGUGCACAGCAGCCUAUCGCCUCGACGAGCCACACGGAAGAGCUAUCCUCCCGUCGGCUACAGGAACGUGUGAUACGGAUGAAGUCAGCGCUGCGGCCGCUCGAUAAGCGGAGCUGAGGCGUCAGAAAAUUUUCCCCGAAGAGGAGUGCGCGAAUCGAUAGGCGGUCACGGCGCAGUCACGAGGUGCAAUCGUCCAUGGAAAUGCUUCCGGAUAGAUAGACGGCCAACUACUUAUCGAUUUUGUCUCGCGGAUGCUCCGUCGGUCGCUUAGGUCUCUGUUUCAAUGUAAUUUUGUUUAGCUCGUUAACCCAGAUAAAUAUCGGAAAAUUUCAAUUAUCUUGCAUCGUUUGAUUUUAUACGCGAAUUUCGGUGCACAGAUAACAACAUUUGAUCUCCGAUUCGUCUGCUAUAUGACCUAUUUUAGAAGAAUCAAGCGAGUCUUUUGAGGUUAGCUCAGAGGGCGCCACUUCGCGGUUACGAAAGCCGCGAUCACGCGACACUCUACGUGCCACGGGUGGGUGCAAAAGGUGUCAUAUGAUCGGACGAAAAACGGAGCACGGGUUAGGGCGGCUGUCGUAGGAUAGCUGAGAUUUUUCCUCGUAGUAACGACACAGGAGCCAGGAUGCUGACGCGGUUUCUUUGGGCUUUCGCGACCCUUGUGGUUUUCGUGCAAGCGAGCGGCGAUUUCAUUUUGCUGCACACGCCAGACAGUGUGAUUUUCAAGGGUAACAAGGAGAUUGACCAAAGUCUUCUGAAGGAAGUGUUCUCUGCUGCGCUAGGAUUCACUGUCAAGCAGAGGGGAACAUGGAAUGGAAUGUCCUUAACGAACCCCUUCAAUCUACCUGAAGCAGUGGUUAGCAUUGCGGUUGAAGGUGUUGAUUCUCUUGGAGCCAUCAAGGGUAAGAAAUUCCCUCUGAAUGUUGAUGAAGUUGAGGAAACUACUUGGCAGGCCCUGAGUGGUCGACUGGAGGAAAGAGACAAUGACAAUUCUCUUGUCAGAAUCUACCUUGGUGAUGGUCUUGACGCUUUGGGUCAAUCGGCGCUUGGUGAACUAAAACCAACCUCCAUUGACGAGUCUUCCCUGAAAGCUCUGAGUCUGAAAAAUGAUGAGGAUCGUAAAUUCUUGGAGGAAAUACAGCUGCUUCGUGCCAUAGCCAAGAAAGUUCCAAGUGCUGUGAGUGCAGAUGGCAAACCAGAUGUUUACUGGCUUGUUGUCUCUGGCCUGAAACCUGUUUUUGACAUUCAUGGUAAAAACUCUGUUGCUGCAAAAGAAGCUUUGACUCUUCUCAAUGAAGCUCUUCACGAUGUUAACAAAGCUUUUAUGGAUGCAUACAAAAAUCAGGUCUUGAUUGCUGUCUUCACCAACGAUGCAAGCCAAGUUCGCCAUACACGAUCACUUCAUGAAAGGUUUGAAAGACAGGCUGUUAUGGAUUCAGCAAAGAAUGAUUCGCAAAUGAAUAUGGCUAAGAAUUACCAGUCAGAAUACUCAGCUAUUUUCAACAUCAUUCUGUGGUUCGGCGUCGUAUUCUUCUUCUCUUUACUCGCUAUCUGCAUUACCAUUGCCGAGAUGGAUCCUGGCCGUGAUUCGAUCAUUUACAGAAUGACAUCCAACAGAAUGAAGAAGGACAACUAAAUGCUCAUAAAACGUGAACGCACUUGAGUAGCUUUGAAAAAAAGAAGUCUGUGAAACAGUUGCAUUGCAAUUGGACCAUUCGAAAUAUAUAGUCAAGCUAACUCAAUUGAUUUCACGAAAAGCUUAAUGUAAAUACGCCUCCGUUACGGACGUUUAUAUACAGAAAUGAAAAAAAUAUACGAUAACGAAUGUAUGAACUGUGUAGUGAAAUGUUAAGAGAAAAAACGAGCACAACCCGAAAUCUUGUAUUUGCAAGGUACAAAACGGGACUUUUUUUCUCGGUUGUUAAAUUUAAUGAUGUUCAUUCCUCCGUGUUUCUUCGCCUUGCACUGUAAAGGCUGUAUAUUUUAGUUUUAAUUCUACGAGAUAGCGUGCGAUUAUUUUACAAAAUAAAAACAUCUUUGCACAGAGCCGUGGAAUAAUAACAAAAAUUCUAUGUAUUUUCAGUAUUUCAAAGGGUUUGCUACAACCCUCGAACCCUUACAAUAAUAAUACAAAACUCUAUGUAUUGCGCAAGUGUUAAAUUGCGCGCGUACAAGCCCGAUCAUGUAUAUGUAUAUUCUGUUCUUAUCUUGAAAGAAAUAAUCCAUAUCCAUAUAUACGUGAAUUGUCUAAAAAAUAAAUUGGAUUUAUGAAAUUA